AUGAAGCACGAAGAUAGGAUGGGUGGUAUUAGAGGGUCGAGACUUCCAUACAGCAAGAGUUUGACCAAGUUGGAGAACCAAAUUGUACUCUUUGAAAAGGAGCAAGAACACUAUGAGGAAGCGUUGCUUGAAAAGGACUUGCUUAUUAAGAGCCAAACAAACAAAAUUAGGGAGUUGAGUGAACAAACACAAAGGCUGAAUUCUGAGAUUAAUAACGAACGAGAUAGGUUAGAUGAGUUAAUUCAACAAUGGGAGGAGAUCAAUAGAGCGUUGAAGAAAAAAUUGGAGGUUGCCAAAAAUAGCUGUCAUGUUUAUCAAAGAAGGGCAAUGAAGAUUAAAGAGGAGAACAAAUUAUUAGAAAUGGAAUUGAAUGAAUUGAAAGGUCAGAAUGCAUCUUUAAUUUGCCGGUUGAAUUCGUAUGAAAAAAAUCCACUGGCAUGCCAGACAUUGGGAUCUCAUACCAGGACCGAAGUUUCCUCCCUGAGAUUGAAGCACGAGGAUUCUUGUGCACAAAGCCUGGUGGAUCUCGUGGAUCCUUUGAAAGGUGAUCAGUUUGAUGUGGAGCAAGAACAUGAAGAGUGUGAUGGCUGUGACAAAUGCGACAACAAAGAGUUCCCUACAUUUCAUGAGGACGAAGAAAAUCAGUAUUCAGUAUUUAACAAUGAGCUCGAAUCAUCAGAUACUAGUAGUAUGGAUGAAGGUACUACUAGCAGUUUUCUUGGGGAUGAAAUGGUAAAUACUUAUCAGCAGAAAAUAAGACAAUUGGAGUUCGAAAAUGAGCUCUUAACCCAUCAAAACCAUGAUUUGAUUCGUCAAUUGAACUUCUCCAAGAAUUAUAAAUUGACUGAGAAAGAUAGCGGUUCUAUAAUGCGAAGUACUAGUCUCACAUAUCAGAAAAACUCUGCUAUGGCAAGUUUGCAUCCAAAGAGGAGUAUCUCCUAUCAACUGCCAUUACCGCCUGUAAUGUCGAAUGUGAUCGCAGGUGACGACUUGUCUAACUACGAUAGUAAAUCUACAACGUCGGGAAGCAGUAGGAUUUUAACUGGGUGUAAGGCCAAGACCCACACAGAUUUAUUUUCUGCAGCAGGGUUUUGUGGCCUCAGGUGGCACACUUUAGUACCCAAAAAUGCUAUGGAAGUCUUGAUAUUCCAAAGAGCUCUAUCCCAACUCCAAGAGGUCACCAGCUUUUCUCCAAAUUUAGAAGAUUUGACACCUGUGGCAUCCGAUGCCCCAGACUUUCAGUCUACCACGCCUCAACUGAACGCGCAUACUACAUGUAUCGACUAA